ACCCUGAAGAAGUGAAGCUCUCACUUUGGCUCCGUGUGCUUCAACAUGACUGCUCCAACAAUCGUAGUCAUCGGCGUAGCUCUCUUGGGCCUUCUCUCAGAAGGCCGACCCUUGCCAGCCGGCAACAAGAGUAGUUUCAACAAGCUGCUGAUGAUUUCCUUCGAUGGCUUUCGGUGGAACUACGACCAAGAUGUGGACACUCCAAAUUUGGACCUCUUGGUGAAAGAGGGGGUGAAGGCUAAAUUUAUCUCCCCUCCAGCUAUCCCAAUGACCUCGCCAUCUCACUUUACAACAAUCACAGGCAGGUGGAUUGAAGACCACGGAGUUGUGCACAACCUGAUGUUCAACCCCAAGACUCUUCUCAAACUGACCCACAAAGCAACUCAAAACAGAUCAGAGUGGUGGGACAACGGAGUGCUGCCCUUGUGGAUUACAGCGCAAAACCAAGGUUUGAAAACGGCAUCCUUUCACUAUCCUGGUGGUGGUGCCAACUUCAGUGGUCAGUCCGUCACCCGAUCUUUGGUGGAGUCUUACGGCCAUCCAGAUUCCAACGAAACCGAGUGGAGGGAGAACAUUGAUAUCGUUAUGGGUUGGUUUACAAAGGAGAAUUUUGACUUUGUGACAUUGUAUUAUGGAGAGCCUGAUGCUGUCGGACACGCAAAGGGUCCAGAGACGAAAGAAAGGCGUUUAAUGAUCCAGCAAAUUGACAGGACCAUAGGCUAUCUCCUGAAAGCCAUAGAAAAGCACAAUUUGAAAAACAAGCUGAAUGUUAUCAUUACGUCUGACCAUGGUAUGACCACAAUCAAGAAGGCCCCAGCAGUCGAGGAGAUCAAGCUGUCAAACUACAUCAAAUUCAAUCAGCUUGUCCACUUUGACCUCUUAGAUUAUGGCGGGUAUGGGAUGAUUUUACCAAAGGAAGGCAAAGUGGAAGAGGUUUAUCAGGCCUUAAAGAAUGCUCACCCUCAUCUCAAAGUCUUUAAGAAAGAAGAAGUUCCAGAGAGUUUCCACAUUGCCAAACAGAACAGAAUCCUUCCCAUUGUCCUCUAUGGGGAUUUGGGCUACAACCUCAACUCGAGAAUUAUACUUAAUGUCAACAAAGGAGAUCACAGCUUUACUAACGAGCACAUGGAUAUGAAAACCAUCUUCCGAGCCUUUGGCCCCGACUUCAAGAAGAACUUCCUGGCCGCUCCCUUUGACAGUAUCAACAUCUACCCUCUGAUGUGCAAACUUCUAGGGGUCUCCCCCACCCCUCACAAUGGCUCCCUGGCCUACACGCAGGACAUGCUGGUGGAUGAUAUUGAAGUGCAACUGACGCAGGAGCCAACAGCUUUGAGCAUCGUAGUAAUGUCCGUCUUAUGUGCUCUGGUUGGCAUCCUGGUUUUGAUAUUCAUUACCUACGUGGGACACACGGCUUACAGACGGAGCAGAAGGUCCAACACCCAUGGGCAGCCAAAGAAUGAACAGAUCUAUAAUUCAAAAUUCUGAGAUUUCCACAAUAAAAA